AAAGCAACGAACACAAAUUUCAACGAUUAAUUUUCAAAACCCACUUAAAUUCGUCGCCUAAUUCUUCAUUACUUAAGACAAAUUCAACUUUAAACAUUAUUUAUAUGAACUUGCGGAGAAUCACUUGGACGUUUGGCUGAAUCGAAGUCCACCAUUGCAAUUUCAAUCCAUUUUUUAAAGCUUUCCUCUACUUUUACCCAAAACCCUUUUUCUCUUUCUCUCUUGCUCGAUUAAGUGUGUCCUGUAGUGGGUUUGGAUUUGGAUUGGGAAGAAGAAGCACUUUAAUCACGGAUGAGAAUAAGGGGGUGUUGUUUUAGUGUUGUUCUUAAUGCUCUGAUAAUUCUAGAGCACAGUUUUCGUUUCAUUUGUGUUUGUUUUCCCCUUGCUUUUACAGUACAAUUUGUGGGUCUUCUUCGUUUGUUUUUCGGAACUGUUCGGCUCUCGAGCUGUUACUCGUAGUACCCAUGUCGCUAAUUCUUAAAUUCUCUGAUUCUUUCUGAUUUCUCUCAUUUUGAGCGGUUGAGUGCGGUGAUAAAAGGAAGAGAUCUGAUGAAAACUGCUGAAAUUUCCUCUGCGAUUGCGACUCUGAUGGGGUUUCGAUCGCUGUUUCUGCUUUUGGGGAUUUGUUUUGCUGUUCGUUCUUGCUCUGUCUGUGAAUCUGCAGUUAUCGCCCCGAACGGGCGAAGCCAAGCGCGUUCUUCGCUCACAGGUGACAUCAAAAGUAGAAUUAUCGUCCCGAACGGUCGAAACGAAGUGCAUUCUUCGCUCACAGCGACUCGAUUAGAUGAUUCGAGUAGAGCUCCUAGCAUUGCACUUCCACCUACCGUGCCUGCUAAGAAAUGGGGGCACGGUCAUGAAUUUCGCCAUUCAAGAAGGAAGUUCAGAAACAAUGCUCCACGGCGUGGUUAUCGUGCAUCGACUCCGGAGAGUGGUCAGCAAGGCCGUGCUGCUGUCUCUCCAAUUCAAUCACCAUUACCAUCUGCAACGAGAGGAAGGUCGCCGAGACCUGCGCCAUCGCCAACGAUUCCACCGAACCACUAUUAUAUGCCCAUUCCUGCUCCUACAAUUUCUCCUAUGGGUUCUUACAAGAAGAGGAAGAAGAGCAUGCCACCAUCACAAGUUAUGAUGCUACCACCCCCACCUCCUAAUGGGGAUUGUGCGAUAUCAUGUACCGAACCACUGACCUAUACACCUCCCGGGACGUUGUGUGGUUGCGUGUGGCCAAUUCAAGUCAAAAUCAGUCUUGAUGUUGCAAUAUACACGUUUUUCCCUUUGGUUUCGGAGCUGGCAGAGGAAAUUGCAGACAGUAUUGGUCUGAACCAUAGCCAAGUUCGAAUUAUGGGAGCUGAUGCUGCUAGUCAGCAGUUGGAAAAAACGACCGUCCUCAUCAACUUGGUUCCGAGAGGACCGAAAUUCAAUGAUACCAUGGCCUUUUCGAUAUAUCAGAAGUUUUGGCAUAGAAAAAUAUCCAUUAACGCUUCGUUAUUUGGUCGAUAUCAAGUCCUGAAUGUCAAAUAUCCAGGUCUUCCGCCGUCUCCUCCGUUACCUCCUUCAAGUACUUCAUCCAUUAACGAUGGCUUGAACACGAGCAAUACUAAUAUUGGAAAUGCCAUAAAACCUUUGGGAGUUGACGUGCCAAGAAGAAGGAAAGAAGGGCUUAGCGGAAACAUGAUCGCCGUGAUUACUAUAUCGUCGUUCACUGCCUUUGUUAUGUGUGUUGGACUUGCUUGGCUUUGCCUGUUGAGAUGCAGAGUGUUUGCACAUCAGGCAGCACAAGUUCCACAAAACUUGAUAGCUUCACCUACAAAACCAUCAGGCACUGCUGGAGUAAUGAUGGCUGUAAGUGAACCUGGUUCUUCAUCCCUGCCUCUCGAUGCCGAUCCUAUGACGUAUAUAGGAGCUGCAAAGAACUUCACCUUGAAAGAUAUGAAGAAAGCUACCGACAACUUCGAUGUUGCAAGAAUAUUAGGAGAAGGUGGCUUUGGAAUUGUUUACAGUGGUAGUUUGGAUGAUGGAAGGGAAGUGGCUGUGAAGGUUCUCAAACGACAUAAUCAACACGGUAUUCGGGAAUUCUUGGCUGAAGUCGAGAUGCUGAGCCGUCUACACCAUAGAAAUCUAGUUAAAUUGAUUGGUAUCUGUACAGAAGAUCAGAUUCGCUGCCUUGUUUAUGAAUUGGUUCCGAAUGGAAGCGUCGAAUCGCAUUUACAUGGCAUUGACAAGUUAACUGGUCCUCUUGACUGGGAUGCUCGGAUGAAGAUUGCCCUCGGUGCUGCUCGUGGCCUAGCCUAUUUGCACGAAGACUCUAAUCCUCGAGUUAUUCAUCGAGAUUUCAAAGCUAGCAACAUCUUGUUGGAAUAUGACUUUACAGCUAAAGUUUCAGAUUUUGGAUUAGCUAGAACUGCACUAGAGGANUGUGAAGUUGACUGUGAUACAGCUCUAGCUUAUGCAGGUCUUCCGCCGUCUCCUCCGUUACCUCCUUCAAGUACUUCAUCCAUUAACGAUGGCUUGAACACGAGCAAUACUAAUAUUGGAAAUGCCAUAAAACCUUUGGGAGUUGACGUGCCAAGAAGAAGGAAAGAAGGGCUUAGCGGAAACAUGAUCGCCGUGAUUACUAUAUCGUCGUUCACUGCCUUUGUUAUGUGUGUUGGACUUGCUUGGCUUUGCCUGUUGAGAUGCAGAGUGUUUGCACAUCAGGCAGCACAAGUUCCACAAAACUUGAUAGCUUCACCUACAAAACCAUCAGGCACUGCUGGAGUAAUGAUGGCUGUAAGUGAACCUGGUUCUUCAUCCCUGCCUCUCGAUGCCGAUCCUAUGACGUAUAUAGGAGCUGCAAAGAACUUCACCUUGAAAGAUAUGAAGAAAGCUACCGACAACUUCGAUGUUGCAAGAAUAUUAGGAGAAGGUGGCUUUGGAAUUGUUUACAGUGGUAGUUUGGAUGAUGGAAGGGAAGUGGCUGUGAAGGUUCUCAAACGACAUAAUCAACACGGUAUUCGGGAAUUCUUGGCUGAAGUCGAGAUGCUGAGCCGUCUACACCAUAGAAAUCUAGUUAAAUUGAUUGGUAUCUGUACAGAAGAUCAGAUUCGCUGCCUUGUUUAUGAAUUGGUUCCGAAUGGAAGCGUCGAAUCGCAUUUACAUGGCAUUGACAAGUUAACUGGUCCUCUUGACUGGGAUGCUCGGAUGAAGAUUGCCCUCGGUGCUGCUCGUGGCCUAGCCUAUUUGCACGAAGACUCUAAUCCUCGAGUUAUUCAUCGAGAUUUCAAAGCUAGCAACAUCUUGUUGGAAUAUGACUUUACAGCUAAAGUUUCAGAUUUUGGAUUAGCUAGAACUGCACUAGAGGAAGGAAACAAGCACAUCUCAACCCAUGUCAUGGGAACUUUUGGUUAUCUAGCUCCGGAGUAUGCAAUGACGGGCCACCUUCUUGUAAAGAGCGAUGUCUACAGCUAUGGUGUUGUUCUUCUCGAGCUACUUACGGGAAGAAAACCAGUUGACUUGUUGCUUCCACCGGGGCAAGAAAAUCUUGUUGCUUGGGCUCGACCGCUUCUAACGAGCAAGGAGGGGUUAGAUGUAAUUACAGACCCAGCUAUUAAGUCUGAUAUCUCUAUUGAUAGCUUGGCCAGAGUAGCUGCAAUUGCUUCUAUGUGUGUGCAACCCGAAGUGUCUCACAGACCAUUUAUGGGCGAGGUUGUUCAAGCUCUAAAGCUUGUUUGCAAUGAGUUCGAAGAGACAAAUGAGGCAGGUUCACGAAGUUACAGCCGAGACGAACUUCUAAGUUACAUGGAUAGUAAAUUUGGAGGAAUCUCAGGGGAAAUACUAAACGCUACCGACACCUUGCACCCGUUUCCUUCAGAAAAAGAGACGAAUGUAGGACUAUCGGCAUCGGAUUUGAUCAGCGCAUCUGCAAGAUUUGAAGGACAGGAAUUAGUUUCCUUGAGAUGGCAUACAUCAAACUCAGAACCCUUGAAAAUGGGAAGGAAGAGGCAGUUCUGGCAGAAACUAAGAAGUUUAUCACGAGGCAGCAUCAGUGAACAUGGCUUUUCUUCUAAAUUUUGGCCUGGAUUUCGUUAGUUUAUGUUUAUUCAUCUCUUGCAACGCAACAUCUUGAAGUUCAAAGCAAUUGCAUUUCCGAGGCCGUUAAUAUUGUGGCCAUCUUUCUAGGUCA